AUGCAAUUCAUACCUUUAAAUGAAUCCAGUGAAAACUGUCUUACUAAUUUCAAUUUGAUAUCGAAAUCAGAAAAUAUUUUUUCUUAUGAAUCUACUUUAUCAAUGAUUAAUUGUGAAAAUUCAUUAAAAGAAAAAUUGUAUGCAACAAUUUGUAUUAAAAAUUGGAUUCAGUCAACAAAUGAUAAUUUUCUCAUAGAAAAUGUUGUUGAAAUACGCAAUCGAUUAAUUGGAAAAAUUAUAGAAAUGAACAGGUAUUCUAUAAAUUAUCCUAUGCCAAUCCCAGUAAUCACUAAAUUAUAUGAAUGUUUAAUAUGGUUGUAUUUUAAAACAUCAAAACUUUGGACACAUCCAUUAAAGUGGAUUAUGUUAGGAUUAAUAAAUGGUGAUUCAUCUUUUAAUACUACUGAUUUAUUAUCAGUAUCGGAUGAAACAGUCGAAGAAUGUUUAGUUAACUCAAUUCAUACUGAACAAAUCAAUGAAAAUAUAUUACUUCUUCUAUCCCUUAUUAGUGAAGAGUUUACAUUAUCAUUGUCAUCAUUGAAAUUAAGUCAUAGUAUAAAAUGCAAUAUUACAGAGGGUAUUCAUUCUGAUGAACUUUUGGUCAAAAAUAUACUAAAGCGACUCAUUAGUGAUGUACACCGAGAGACGAUUUGUACACAAGCUAUUCAUACAUGUGGAUUAUGGAUAUCUAACUUUGUGACGAGUAAUUCAGCAGCUAUCAAUUAUUUAGAUCUUAUACACACAGUCUACGCUUCAAUGCAUCACUCGGAACAUUUGUAUUUAGCUGGAGUCAACUGCCUAAUCGCUAUAUUUGAAUCAGAUGGCAGUGGAUUAAAUUCGGAUAGAGAUACAGCGUUUCUGUUAGACUUUCAUAUCAGUGAAUUAAUUCAAUUCAAAUCUGCUUUACAACACCUUGUGGAAUUGCAUUCAGUUGAUGUACAGAAGCAUACUCCAUGGAAUGAAUUUAAAGGAUAUGAAGCAUUGAGUAAAACAGCACUACUUUUAUCGAUCUUAUCAGAUAAACAGAUGGAUUAUCUUAUUCAUCGACUUGAUAGAUCCAGACAUAAAUUGGGUGAUAGUAAUGAAAAUAUUCAUGAAUUCUUUGAUAUGCUUCUGUUAACCUUUUCAUUAACUGGUCACUAUCCAUACAAUGAAGAUGUCAGUGAUAUUGGUCUACAAAUAUGGUUGAAUAUGCAUGAGGCGUCAAUCACUACCACUACGUCUAAUACCAUCACCGCUACAACUGUCACGUGCUCUUCUAAUUCAGUUGAUUAUCCUGAUCAGGAUGUUAAAUCAUGCGAUGAUGUAGUUAAGCGUAUACACGCAGCGUUUAACCAAUGCGCAUUUAUCAAGUCUCAUUAUCCGAAUGAUAUCAACCAAUACUUAUCUAUUUGGAAUGUUGAUGAUAGAAGUCGAUGGUUAAAAUUUCGACAAGAUUUAGCUGAAAGUUUUCUGACAACAUUUAGGUAUAUGAAUCUAAAUGAUUGGUUCUUGUAUACACCUAAUCAACUUGAUCAAAUUGUAAAUAAUUGUACUAAUGAAGAAUUCAUGUCUAAUUGGCAAGUAAUAGAAGUGUUAGUCUUCAUUUUAUCAUCAAUCAGUGAAGAUGUAUUAUAUGAAAAUGCAUCUGGUAUAAUACCAUUUAUUGAUUUUGCUCAGUCUAUAUCAAAUUGUCUAUUAAAAAUUGUGAAUAGAAUACAACAAAUGAUUAUUAUUAAUAUAAUAAAUAGUAAUUAUAAUAUUAUUCAAUGGGAAGCACAAAGAUUACUUUCAACAACAAUCUAUCCACAAUUGCUUAUUUUAUUUCAAACAUUAUUAUCAUGUAUUCAACGAUAUUAUAUACAUAUAUCUUGUCAUAAUAAUGAUGAACUGUUAACUCAUUUUGUAUUGAAUUCAUUAUUAUCCACUAUACAUCGUGGUGAUGAUAUUGAUGAUAAAUAUUAUACUGAUGAAAUGAUUGUAUUGCGUCAUUGUUCACUUCAACUUCUUCAAACUAUAUUAGAGCAUAAAUCAUUCUCAUCAAAUCUAUUAGUUAAUACAAUCACAUCUGGUGUAGUGUAUUUUCUGAAUCAUUCCAUUUCAAUUGAUCCAACAAGCAAUAGUCUAUUAUUCUAUUGUAUUGGAAUACUAUUCUAUCUGAUUGAUGAUAAGUCUACAUUGGAUUCAUUAGAACAUAUUUUAUACAAUCAAUUAACUAUUUUUGAAGUAUUAUGUACAGAACAAGAUUCUAGUAAAUUUCCACAGGAUAUCACAUCAAUGUUGUAUCAAUUGACAAAUGAACGAUUAGAAAUAAAGAACACAUCGUAUUUCAUUACAAUUCUAUUGAAAAAUUUCAUCCAAAUAUAUCGUGGUUAUGUGUCUAUUGAACAAUUGAAUAAGAAUAAACCGAUCAAGUUACAGUCGAUAUCAAUGUUAUCAAAAUUAUUUUCUUAUUUAAAACAAUCUCUACCUGAUGCAUCAUUUUAUCAACUUCCUGAUCAUUUUGGACAGUAUCAUGAAUUUCUACGUGUUAGCUUACGUUUUUUCACCUGUAUACUUCAAUAUACUACUAAUAAUGAAAUGAUGAUAUGUAUAAUGAAUGAAUGUAUCAAUUCUAGUAUACUAUCAAUAUUUAACAAUCUGUUAAAUAAUUCUUAUCAAUUGAAUAAUGAUGAUUUUUUUAAAUCAAUACAAUACUUUAUUGAAUGGUUAUUAUUCAGUUAUUAUUCUGAUCAAGUUGAUAAAACAUUUUCAAUUGUCUACUUAUCGAUUGGAUUAAAUUUAUUAUCCGAUAUAUUCAAUAAGAUAAGCAAUUUUCUUAUUCAACAAGCUAAAAGAAUAGUAUUUGAUAGAAAAGGUCUACUAUUGAAUGAAAUAUAUAUAGAUUAUAGUGAAAUACAAAUAGAUGAAUGUAUCAAUCAUCCAAUAUCGCCUAUUUUAAUGAAUUCUACUACUCAAUCAAUUACUGAGAUGAUUGAAGCUUCAACUCGUUUCAUACACAACAUUAUACACUUUAAACUACAUGGAAGAAUAGACAAAAGAUUUCAAUAUGAAACUAUUUAUGAUGUAUUACAAUUAUACUUUAAUAAUGAUAAUAUCUAUAUGAAGAUAUCUUUAUCAUUAGCAUUCAGUGGGAUUGGCGUUGAUGACGAUUCGACAGUAGAAUCAUGUCUACGAUUAGCAUGUGAUUUAAUAACAAUAAUAAAUAAUAAAAGAGAUUUAUUAAUAAAUGAUAAAUUAUUAUAUGAAAUUAAUGUAUGCAUAUUAUUAGUAUUCAUUAAAAGGAAUAUAUAUAUAUCUCAGCGUAUAAUAAGAAAAUAUGCUGAAUUAUAUUUAUUAUUAGCUAAUUUACCAUCUAGACAACAACAACAAUAUAAUCUACUGUAUUCUAUAUUAAUCAGUACUACUACUACUACUGAUAAAGAAUUCUAUCCAACUAUUAUUCAAUCUAUUCAUUAUAAUACUAAUGAAGCAGAAAGACUUCAGUUUAUAACAACUAUAACACAAUCAUCAUUGUCUAUAAAUAAACUAUGCAAUUGUAUAACACGUUUUAUACAAAAGAUUAUAUCAUAA